AUGACAACUGCUAAACUGGCACGUUGGGACAAACCCAAUAAUUGGCCUAUUGCUGAAGUACUCGUACUGGGACUGCUUUCUACUAGACUUAGGCCAUUCUCCCCAUUGUCUGGCGUACUUGACAUUCGAUUCCUGGUAGCUCUCCUGAAACAACCAGCCUCACGUAAACUUCUCUACUCUGCAAAGAUCGUUCAUGACGGUGAUUCGGAAGAAGCACCUCUUCUAAGUCACAUUUGCGGUUACUGGAUACCAGAGAGUAUUAUAUCCUCAUACAACUUUUUGUGGAUGAAGUUCGAAACUGAUGGAAGUAUCCAAAAUCGAGGAUUUUAUAGCGUCUAUGAAGGCAUGGCAGUGGGUUGCGGUGGCUUACUGACAGAAGAUAGAGGGCAGAUAUCUUCACCUAGACAUCCGGAUAGGUAUCCACAUUCACUUACAUGCAGAUGGCUUAUAAGGGCUCCGGAAACACAUGUCAUCCGUCUGACAUUUACCUCAUUCUAUCUCGAAAGGGACAGUCAGUGUCGGUUCGACUAUGUCGAUGUUGAAGAAAGCAGUGGAGCUUCUUUGGGAAGGUUUUGUGGCAGCAGAACACCGCCAAUUCUAACUUCAUUGGAAAACACCAUAAUAGUAAAGUUUGUGACCGAUAUUAGUGUAUCUCGAGAUGGAUUCAAUGCGAACUACGAAUUUUUGGACGCCUCCCAAGCCUGCGGUGGAACUUAUUAUCAAGAAUCUGGUGUAAUCCGGUCCCCUGGGUUUCCAAAUCGCUACCCGCAUUCAGCUCAUUGCGUGUGGAUAAUUCAAGCAAAGGACCACCGACAGAUUACUCUUAAUGUCACCCGAUUUGAAAUGGAAGAUCACGACAAUUGCCGAUUCGAUUAUUUGGAGAUACGGAACGGAGGAACCGAAACUUCACCUUUAUUAGGAAAAUAUUGUGGCAACAGGACUAUCCCGGAGAUUAGAUCGCAUAGCAAUACUCUACGGUUGGAAUUUAAGUCGGAUAUGUCAAUGUCUGCUCCAGGAUUUGAAAUUUUCUUUGACACAACUUCUGUUGGUUGCGGUGGAAUACUUUCAUCUCCUCGUGGUUCGAUAGUGUCUCCCAAUUAUCCACAAGCAUAUCCUUUCAACGCCGACUGCGAAUGGCUUAUUCGAAUAUCCCAUGGUUCUGUGAUUUCUGUGACCAUUAUAGAAAUCGACAUCGAAGAGCACGACAAGUGCAUGUACGACUACUUACAGAUAUUAGAUGGUGAUUCGGAAAAUUCCAAAUGCUUGUUGAACAUAUGUAAUAAUCAGCAGAAUCCGGGAGCCAUUGUAUCGACUGGAAAUACUAUGCUUCUGCGCUUCCGGUCAGACAGCAGCCAAGAGGCUGGAGGUUUCCACUUAGUUUACCAAACUUUAUGUAAUAAUGUGUUAACUAAAAGAAGAGGUGUCAUCGAAAGCCCAAAUUUCCCUGAUACCUAUCCACAUAACCACAACUGCAGUUGGACCAUUAGUGCUCCAAGAGGAAAUAAUAUAUCCAUAGCUUUCUCGCAUUUCUUCCUUGAAACAACUGCCUCUUGUGACGCCGAUUAUGUUGAGGUGUUAGAAGUAAAGAACAAUGAACAAGUUCAGUUGGGUAAAUAUUGUGGAGGUCAGAGCUCUCCUCCCAAGACUAUCGAGACUUCAACGGACACAGCCAUUGUGCGUUUGAUAACAGACAGUUCCGUGACAAGAGAAGGAUUCAGAUUAGAAUAUGCAAUGAAAGGUUGUGGCGGAGAUAUUGAUAAUAAAGAUUUUGGUUUCAUUACCUCUCCCAACUAUCCUAAUGGUUAUCCGAUCAGUACCUCUUGCUUCUGGCACAUUUCUUACCCUCCUGGAAGUAGAGUGGAAUUGACGAUACUUGAACUUGACCUUGAAGCAGCAUCAGAAUGCAUAUAUGACUACCUCAGGGUUUACGGAGGGGAAGACGAGAACUCUCCAAGACUUUUGAAUACCUGUCACAGAAUAAAUGGCAGCCAGAUAGUUACAAGUCAUGGAAAUCAAAUGGUAGUCCACUUCAGCAGUGAUUCGUACAUAAAUGGCAGGGGUUUCAAGGCAUCCUUCAAGAAACUUGAUACUGGAACUUCAGGAUGCGGAGGUCGAUUCACAGCAGCGGAAAGCACAAUCCUUUCUCCAAAUUUUCCGGAUCCUUACAACGUUAAUGACGAAUGUGAAUAUUUGAUACAGACGUCUUCCGGUCACCGAGUGGAGUUAGAAUUUUAUGAUUUCGAAAUUCCACAAGGGACCAAUUGCUCACUUGGACAUGUAGCGAUAUAUGAUGGCAGGAACAGCAGUUCCCGCUUGUUGGGGAAGUACUGCGGAGCAAAACCAGAAGGAUUCAUAUCUUCCACUAGUAACCAAAUGCUAGUUAAACUCGUGGCUGAUGGUAACAACGUCGGAAAAGGAUUUCGAGCACAUUACCGCAUGGUCUGCGGAAGUCGUUUACUAGCCGAUGAAGGAGGAGAAAUUCUUUCACCUAAUUAUCCACACGGUUCCCACGAAUUAAUGAACUGCAGCUGGAUCAUUUAUACAUCAGAGCCAGGUGAAAAGGUGAGUCUUCUUGUGACUCAUCUGGAAAUAGCAGUAUCGGAUAAUUGUUCUUUUGCCUCGUUGACCAUAAAGGAUGGAGAUAUGCCGGAUUCACCUGUGUCUGGGCUGUACUGUGGCUAUAGUUCUCCUCCUCUUAUUAUGUCAAGAGGAAGCAUUCUGCAAGUCAAUCUUCAAAAUCGUGGGAUCUUUAGAGCAACUUACGGCCCUGCAUCAACACACUGUGGAGGAGCUUUCAAAUCUCCCGAAGGAACAUUUGCAACUCCAGGAUAUCCGUUAAAUUAUCCUCUAGACACGGAAUGCAUAUGGACUAUAGAAGCGUCUGCUGGCAGCAACGUUCUCAUCUCCUUCACGAGCUUUGUGUUGGAAAGCAGUGAGUAUUGUAAUAAAGAUUACGUUGAAAUACACAAGAACGAUGCUUCCGGACCAAUGAUUGGGAGGUACUGUGGGAGUGAAAUGCCAAGUAAUCUAACAGCAGCUCACAAACUUUGGAUCAAAUUUAGAUCGGAUGACAUAGGAACAUCAAAUGGAUUCUCUGCGCAAUAUUCAAUACAGCAUAGCAAUGUACUGAAUGGAACAGAAGGAGAGAUUGCGUCUCCAGGUUAUCCGCACAAAUACUCUCGUUCGAAUGUGGAAUGGACUGUAAUCGUACCAACCGGAAUGUUCGUUAGUGUACGCUUCAUAGAUUUUGGCAUUGUAGACCUGGGUGAAUCCCAUUCAUGUAGAUCUACCUUAAGAAUUUAUGAUGGCUUCGACGACUCAGCUCCUGUACUUGGAGAAUUCUGUGGAUAUAAUAUUCCAGAGCCUCUAGUCAGCACCAGCAAUGUUCUUUUUAUUCGACUCGAGGCGUACCACUACUACGACGCUAGCUUCUAUCUCCAGUGGGCAGCUGUAACUGAGUCUGGAGUCGUCGUGACUGCACCUACUGUAGAAGGCGGAACUCCUUGCUGGCAGGAAAUCACUUUGAAUACAAGUGAAUUGCUUGUUACGUCACCGAACUACCCAGAAAAUUAUCCAGAUAACUACAACUGUACAUACGUCAUCCGGGCACCGCAUUACCAGCAUGUAGAAUUGAACAUCACAGAUCUGGAGCUCGAAGAGUGGUUUCCUCAAUGUAGCUUUGAUAGACUGGAAAUAUAUUAUGCUCUGAAUCCUGCUUUGGAUGCCUGGCACCUGAAUGCAAGCUAUUGUGGUAGAGAAACUCCUCCGCUAUUUGUCAGCCCAACGAAUUUGAUGAAACUUCAGUUCGUUACAGAUGGUUACACUCAUUACAGAGGCUUCAAUGCAACUGCCAUGCCAAAAUGUGGAGCCCGCUUCACGGAAUCAAAUGGAGUGAUAAAGAGUGAAUAUAUUCAUACUCAUCUCAGUGGUCGCCUUUAUAAGGCAUUUUUCUGUGAAUAUUACAUACGCGUGAAACCCAGAAGAACCAUUCAACUCACUUUUGACCAAUUCAGCGUGGCUUCGGAUUCUAUUUGCAGUACUAAUUACCUUGUGAUCCGUAAUGGUGGUACCAGUACAUCCCCUCCGCUUGGAUCUGGCACAUACUGCGGCACAUCUGCACCAUCCUUGCCAGAGACGAGUACAAAUGAAGCCUACGUGAAGGUAGUAAUUAGCAGUUUAGCACAAGGCGUGCCGGUCUUCGAGCUUCGCUACACGGAGUUGUCUCUUGGCUGCGGUGGACACAUUUAUUUAAAUCAAGAAACACCAAAUGCUGAAAUUUCAUCUCCAAACUAUCCUGCUCCACCUACUCAUGACAUUGAAUGUGAAUGGAUAAUUACAUCUCCAGCAGGAACGAGGAUGAGAAUGGAUUUUGAGAAUGAAUUUCAUAUGAGUCCAGAUUGCUAUGAUGGCGAUAAUGUUGAGUAUCUGCAAAUUUAUGAUGGUGGCACUGAUAUGGCACCAGCUCUUCAACGCUACUGUGGGCAUGACCAACCCUCCAGUGUACAAAGCACUGGCAACGCUUUGUACGCCGUCUAUGUAACAGCAGUGGAUGAACCUCAAGCAGGCUUCAAAGCGACCGUCAGAAUCGCGGCAUGUGGCGGUACUAUAUCAUCAACUUACAGCGCUGCUAUCAAAAGUCCCAACUAUCCACAACCGUAUGGCAACAGCCAGGAAUGCGAAUGGUUCCUAAAAAUGAGGAAUGGUUACCACAUUAUCCUCAGAAUCAUGGAUCUGGAUACUCCAGCCAAUCAAAAUUGCUCACUUACGGAUUAUUUGGAAAUACGAGAUUAUGAUUCACAAGGUGAAGUUCUUGGUACGUUUUGUGGCAGCUUAACCAACGGCUCCCAAGUUAUCGAUGUUCCGAGUCCACAAGCAUAUAUCAAGUUUAACACUAAUUCUGCCGUGACAGGAAAAGGAUUCCACAUUGUUAUGAAUGCAAAGUUUAAUGAAGGUUGUGGCGGUUAUGUAGAAGGCAUUUCCUCAGGUGUGAUCACUUCCCCGCAUUAUCCUAAUCCUCUUACAGGCAGAAGAGAAUGCUUCUGGCAUGUUGAAGCACCUGAAGGAAGAAGAGUGAAACUAACCUUUAAUGCAUUCAAUCUACCCAGGGAUGAAGCUACUGGCAUGUGCCUCAGUCACUUAAGGACGAUGAAUAUUUCUUACUGGAGGCGUGGAGAGACGAACUUAACGAAAUUAUGCGGAAACUCGCUCCCUGCUGACAUACGGUCUUACACUAGCACUGCUGUUGUAGUCUUCAUGACUCAUGGUCUCGCAGCUGGACAAGGUUUCUCUUUAACUUAUUCCUUUGACGAGGAAGCGAAUUGCGGAGGGCCUCUUCUUCUCCCAAGCGGAAAUAUUUCCUCUCCUCCUUUUACGGCAAUUAAUAACACGUAUAUAGAUUGCAGAUGGAAAUUGCAAGGGGAUGGUGUAGAGAACCGCACUGUUGUAAUCAAGCUUGAUGUAUUAGAUGUGCCAGGUUUGAAAUCUAGUUAUUGCAGGAAAGGUGGAGUGUACGUUUAUGGUAAAAGCGGGGAAAGCUUUUACUUUGGACGAUACUGUGAAAACAAUACGUCACCUGUAAUAAUCACUUCACCGUUAGCUGCCACCACAGUUCGGCUGACAGGUUUAAUAGAUAAAGCUUUCCGAGGAGUCCAUGGAACCUAUAAUGUCAGCAACUGUGGUGGAAUUAUUGACGUAACCACCGAUGUAAACAUUACCUCGCCCGGAUAUCCAAACAGUUAUCCACCCAAUACUGAUUGUCACUGGAUUCUGAGAGUGCCGCGUGGUGAAGAAAUAUCGCUCACGACAGUGGACCUUCGCAUGGAGAAUGACUGUAGCAAAGACUAUGUCAAGAUUGUCAAUGGUCAUCGUUAUGAUUCUCCAGUAUUGGGCAAGUUCUGUGGAGAUCACAGUCCUCAUCCAGUUACAUCGACGAACAAUUAUCUCGUAAUUAAAUUUCAUUCUGAUGAGUUCGGGACUGGCCCUGGCUUCUGGAUGACUUCUUCGGAGAUUCAAAGAGGUUGCGGAGGCGUAAUCGGUAUGCCACGAGGUAACAUAUCAUCCCCCAAUUACCCGUCCCGUUAUGGAAACAAUGAAGAGUGCGUUUGGAUCAUCGAAUAUUUACCUGGAUACAUAGUAAGGCUAGAAUUCGUGGGUCGCUUCGACAUCGAAACGAGCAGCUCUUGUGACAAGGAUUAUUUACUGUUUGAAGAUUAUAAUGAAAAUGAUGAAUUGUGGGAAUUUAGAGACCGAAAAUGUGGAUCGUCGACACCUGAACCCAUUGAAAGUAAAGGAAGGAAAAUGAAAAUAACAUUUCGAUCCAACUCUCAAAUAAAUGCCGAUGGUUUUAAUAUAAAGUUUUCAAUAGGUUGCGGAGGUAAUUUUACGCAGUACCAUGGGCAAAUAUUCUCUCCCAACUAUCCUGUCGUAUACGGUGAUAACCUCAACUGCACUUACACUAUUGGAAAACCUGGACAAUAUAUAUCAAUUACAUUUGAUGAAAACUUUAGUAUAGAACAAAAUACGGACUGCAUAUUUGAUUACUUGGAAAUAUAUCAGAUACGGGUAUCUGAUGAUAACAAACAAGGUAAAUACUGCGGUAGCAUUCCACCAGCAACCCGCACUUUACUCGGGCCGGUGACGGUAAGAUUCGUUACUGACGUCAGCUACGGAUCUAAUGGAUUUUUGCUAAGCUACGAAAUUAUGAGUUGUGGGGCUAUCUUUACUGAGCCACGGGGCGUGAUCGCUACUCCACCAUUCUUAAACUUUUUAAACUACAUGGACUGCACUUGGCAGAUAGUAGCUCAACCCAACAAAGUAAUAGCGCUCAAAUUUUCUUCCUUUGACCUUAAAUCUUCGUACACCUGUUCGCGUGAGUACUUAGAGGUACGGGACGGAAAUUUAACAGGACCUUUGAUUGGUCGACUUUGCACUUCAGACAAAGUACUAUACAAAUCAACUGGAAAUCAGCUGUCUCUGCGCUACCAUUCUGAAUACAAGGAGACAGAAAAAGGAUUUUCAGCCUUUUAUUACAAUACUUAUGGACCUUUGAUUGGUCGUCUUUGCACUUCAGACAAAGUACUAUACAAAUCAACUGGAAAUCAGCUGUCUCUGCGCUACCAUUCUGAAUACAAGGAGACAGAAAAAGGAUUUUCAGCCUUUUAUUACAAUACUUAUGGUUCCUCUCAAGGCUGCGGAGGUAUGCUUAAUACAUCAACUGGAGAAAUAAAAUCUGUCGAUGUGGAUUCAGAUGGACAGUAUGAAUCUAAUCUAGACUGUAAUUGGCUCAUCAUGAAUUCAUCUCCUAACCAAGUCAUUCUGCUGAAUUUCACUAGUUUCGAAGUAGAGAGUUCCAGAAAUAAUACAUGCGUUUACGACUAUGUAGAGUUGAGAGAUGGCAUGUCAAAAGACAGUCCACUCAUCGGUCAUUACUGUGGCUCAACUCCUCCCUCACCGAUUAUCACAUCUGGGAACAUAGCGACUGUUAUUUUUCACACAAAUGAUGGCGUAAACCUGGCUGGAUUCACAAUCAAAUACUCACUAAUUCCUUCACCGUGUGGAACUACAGCUCUGACUUCUCUAUCAUCAGCUCAAAAUUUGACAUCUCCCAAUUACCCAGGUCCAUAUCCAGUCAACUUAAGAUGCACCUGGACCAUCUCCAAGAAUACGUCAGCUGCAUCACCUUUCUAUCGAGGCUCAGUGCAGGUUUCUAUUAAUGAAAUGGACAUACCUUGCAAUGGAGAUUAUGUAGAAAUUCAAAGAAAGUAUCGGUAUCAGGAUGUCAGUACACUUCGGCUGUGUGGUUCGAAACACCCGCACGAAAUUGUUAUCGAGAGUGGAUACUCUGUUACUUUUCAUAGUGACGGGGUGAAUAAUGGAGCUCGUGGCUUCUCAUUCUCAUAUAAAAAUGGAAAUUGCAACAGAACUUUCAUGAAAGACAAUGGUGUUUUAUCGAAUUCGGAUUAUCCUUAUCAGUACAACACGGAAAGCUACUGUGCAAUGACCAUCAAUGCCACAGCAGGGAAAACCAUUUCUCUGUACUUCCUAGACAUAUCGAUAGAUCUUUCAGAAAAUUGUGCUGAAGAGUACCUAAAAAUCUAUGAUGGCCAAAAUACUUCAGCGCGAUUAUUAAGUACUUUAUGUGGUUAUGAAACACCUCCUCCUGCAUUUUCGACAGGGAACUUCCUUCAUCUGGUGUUUUCUAUAAAAUAUAGUUUGGGAGCUUAUUACGCUACUUAUACCACAACAGAUCAAGGAAGAGGAUGUGGCGGGCGACUGUAUGCUGAGAAAGGGGCUCUAUCCAGUCCACUGUUUCCACAACCGUACAAUAGGACUGCAGACUGUAUCUGGUACAUUUCUGUCCCAGGGUAUCAUACUGCACGGAUUCAAUUCACGUCUUUCGCUCUCAAUUCCACCGACGGCUGCGACACGAAUUAUGUGGAGAUUUACGAUGGCCACACUGUCGACAUUGCGAAGAGGAUUGUCAGAUACUGCGGAACAGAUACGCCAGCUGAACAUAACUCUCAAAAUAAUGAGAUUAUAGUAAGGUUUGUGUCAAGCCCUUCAAAUGAUCGUCCGGGAUUCACCAUGAUAUUUGAAUCCAAUGGUUACUUUCCAGAGAAAUGGAUGUCAGUGUUUCAGCUGCAUAAUGUAGAAGCAGAAGAUUCAUAUAGUAGUGACUAUAUGUAUUUGUGAAGAAAGAUCAUAAUUUAUAAAUAGAACUUUAUGAAAUCACCUGAAAUAUUUUUAUAUAUUCCUACGAAUUUCCUGAAUUGCCUAUGAAUUUCCAUAUACUCAGGCAGAAUUCUAUUGUAUUCUGUCUAAACUGUAGUGUAUUCUACUAUGAAACUCACAGUAUAUGCAUCUGUAAAUACCUGUAAAAUCAUUUUUCUGAAUAAAAUGUUCGCAAAGAG